AUGGAUCGUGAUCGGUGUCCGCUGUGCUUGUCGAAAGGUAAAACGAGACAUCUGCAAUGGCAAUCUCUUGACUUGGAAAGAAAGAUAUUACUUUGCCAAUCGACUGAGUGCACAUUUCCUUUCGGAACGAAAUUUUUUGACCGAUGUCUAGCACAUAAAACGGAAAAUUGCCAGAUUAAUACUAUGCAAUGGCACGAAAAAGAAGAUUCGAGUACAUUUGUGUCUGACAAUACAAAAUUAGCUAUUUACGCGACCGAGAGUACUUUGUCAGAUAUAGAAAAAAAGAAACCUUCUAAAACUUUGUCCACAGAAGAAUCAAAUAUAGCUAAUAUAGCGACUAAAAAUCAUGCUACUUCGAGAUUGGAAACUACAGUAGACAAAGAUUCCUGCCAGGAUAUUAUCAAAUCUAGUAACAGGGAAGAAAGCGUAAACGGUCAUUAUAGUUCUACAUCAAUAGAUUGCUCCUCCUACGAUAAUUUGAAUGGCUAUCCUGAAAUUUCUGAUCUAGAUAAACUCGUUAAUACUGAUGAACCACAAAAGGAAAAGGAUGAUGUUUGUCGAAACGUCAGCUAUAACAAAGAUACAUUUUUAUCGUAUGGUCUACAUAUAAUGCAGAAUCGAGGCCAUACAAAUAACCAGCCUAACUAUCAGGAUGUUAUUUAUGAUCGUAAUUUCAUUAACCAAAACUACAAAUCAAAUAACUUAACUGGCCUAUCUAAAGACGUAAAGAAUGAUAUGGAACAUCAAGAUUAUCAAAAAGAUAACAAGAUAGCCACAGUAAUCGAAACCAAUAAAAGGAAGUUACCAAAAGCUCCUAUUAGCACUAUUAGAUAUAAGCCGUACGUUGCUGGAAUACCGGAUCAACUAAACAAGAAAUCAUGCACAGAUAGUAGCACUGGUAAAAAAGGCCCGUCUCUAUUAAGAAUUUUAGACCGCAAUCCUUUAGCACGCAUGUCACGAGAAAAUAUACCCGUUACAGAUCUACCUGCGAAAAUGUUAGAUGAAAUACUUAAAGAAAAGUCUACACAAGGACGGAUUGCACAAGAUACAGUGAACCCGACUUUAAUGUGUAAAUCAUCUGACUGUGAUGAAAACGCAAGUGAUAAUAAUUUAAUUACCCAUGCAAGAUGUGAUACAGACGAUACGACUUACAGUACUAGCCAGGUCAGCCCCGCAGAUAGUGGAUUUUCAAGUUUGCCAGAUUCACUAGCAAAUACGCCUGCUGUCAGCAACCAUGGCAAUAGUAUCAUGACCGCUAAUACUCAAUUUUUAGAAGAAUUGGAUGCUCUAAUGCCUGAUAUUACUGAAGAUGUCCCGUUUAUUUCUACGUAG